CAAGAAACAAGCGAGCAAAGAGACACUCUAGCGAAGUACAAAGAAAUCGUGUCAAAGAAUUGUAUGCAGCGACAAAAAAGCGACCAAAGAGAGACUCUAGCGAGGCACAAACAAGGCGUGGACAGGAAUUGUAAGCAGCGGCAAACCAGCCAACAAAUAGUCGAUCUAGCGAAGCAGAAGGACACAAUGUACUCGUCCAAGUCUUGCGUGCGGCAAGACGAGGGCGAGACAGUGCAGGAGUGUGGGGAAGAAGCCAAGGCCGUGCAAGGUUACUGUGAGGUGAUCCGCCGCCAGGUGCCCGUCCUCACCAAGGCGGAGCUGCACGGCCUGGGCGGCGGACUCCUCCUGGGUGUGGGCGGCUUUGGCUCCGUGAGGCUGGUGGGGCAAGAGAAUGGCGCCCCGGCGGUGGUGAAGGAGCUGCUGCAAGCCGACCAGCUGCUGCCGGUGCUGAAGGAGGCUACUUUUCUGCUGCAGCUCGGUGGAGCAGGCGGGGCGCCUCGGCUUCUAGGCGUGUGCCAGGCGCCCCCCGCCCUGGUGCAGGAGUUCGUGGGGCAGACGUACGACACGUACCUGGAGGUGUGUUCCGUGAAGGGGUUCCUGGAGUCACUGCAGGCCGUGUGCCAGUGUCUGGAGGAAGUGCACGCCAAAGGCAUCGUGCACAACGACUUGAAGUGGAACAACAUCACCUUCAGUGGCUCAGUGAACGCGCCCCGCUUCCACAUCAUCGACUUUGGGUGGGCUUCCUCCAGCGGCAGCGUGGUGGUGGAGAAGGAGGAAGGCCAGAGUGACGAGGACAGCUUCACUGAGGCCUCACACUCCCGGCAAGCCCCCUGGAUGGCGCCUGAGGUGUUUGGAGGAGGGCGUGUGUUCCCCUCAGGUGACGUGUACAGCCUCGGCUUCCUGAUGGGCUGCCUGAUGGACAGGUGCCCUCACGACUUCUUGAUAGGUCCCCUCAGGAGUCUGUCACGCUCGUGCACUGCGCGGGACGCGAGCCGCCGCCCCUCCCUCGCCCGCGUGGCUCACUGCCUCGCUAUCCUUGCCGGCAUCCUCACCCCUCACCAGCUGGAUCACUACUUUGAGGAGGCCGAAGAGGAAGAGGAGGAGGAGGAGGAAGAGGAGGAGGAGGAGGACGAGAAAGAAGAGGAGAAGGAGGAGGAGGAGGAGGAGGAGGAGGAGGAAGACGAGAAAGAAGAAUAGAAGGAGGAGGAGGAGGAAGGCCAGGCCGACGGAGAGGGGGAGGAGGCCGAGGCUGUGCAGGCAGAAGAGGAAGAGAAGAAGGAACAGGGUGAAGACAGUGACAGCGUGAAGGAAGAGGGAAAGAAGAAGGAAGAGGUUGGUGAAGAUGAUGAUGCACAUUCAGAUGAUGAAGAAGAAGACGAGGUCGAUGAUAAAGCGUCAGAAGAGGAUGAAGGGGAGAAAGACGAUGAAGAUGAUGACAUGAUGAAAGACAAAAUGAAGGUUGAAAAGUGCGAGGAGUUUGAUAAUGUAGAGUUGGAAUCAGAAGAGGAAGAAGAGGAUGAGAGAGGAAAUGAGGGAGAAUAUAUAGAGUCAGAAGAAGAGAAUAAAGAAGACAAUGGAAACGAUGAAAUUUUGAUAGAAGAGAAGAAAAAGAAGAAAGAAGACGGUGAGGAAGACGAUAUACAGUCUGAAGAGGAAGAGAGAGAUAAAGGCGAUAUAGAAGAGGAGGAUGAAGGAGAUGAGAGAGAAGAGGAACGUGAAGGAAAUGAUAGAGAAGACAGACAUAUAGAUGAUAGAGAAGAGAAACAUGAAGGAGAUAGAGAAGAGAAAGAUUCAGAUGACAUAGAUGAAAAGGAAGAAGGAGGAGAUGAUAUAGAAGAGGAAGAUAAUGGAGAUGAUAUAGAAGAAGAAGGUGAAGGAGAUAAAAAUGACGAUAUAGAAAGUCGAAUACGAAGAAGAGCAAAGAGGAAACUUGGUAGAUGACGAAUUCUGAUGCAGUGUGAGUGUGAGAGUGAGUGUGAGAGUAGAUGAGUAGAUGUGUGUGUGUGUGUGUGUGUGUGUGUGUGUGUGAGAGAGAGAGAGAG